GCCGAAGAGGAAGAGUUGCGGAAGUGGAGACAGGCUCCUGACGGGUAACCAGGCUACCGAGCUAACCAGACUCGCUGUCCGUCUGACCAGGGAAUUAUCCAGCCGCCGGUUUGGACAGACACUCGAACUGAAGCAGCAAGAUGACAGCCGCACCUUACAACUACUCCUACAUCUUCAAAUACAUCAUCAUCGGUGAUAUGGGAGUAGGAAAGUCCUGUCUACUCCACCAGUUCACAGAGAAGAAAUUCAUGGCGGACUGCCCUCACACCAUCGGGGUGGAGUUCGGGACGAGGAUCAUGGAGGUUCACGGUCAGAAGGUGAAGCUGCAGAUUUGGGACACGGCCGGUCAGGAGAGGUUCAGGGCCGUCACCCGGUCCUACUACCGCGGGGCCGCCGGCGCCCUCAUGGUGUAUGACAUCACCAGGAGAAGUACUUACAAUCACUUGAGCAGCUGGUUGACAGACGCCAGGAACCUGACCAACCCAAACACAGUGAUCAUCCUGAUUGGUAACAAGGCUGACCUGGAGGCUCAGAGAGACGUGACGUACGAGGAGGCCAAACAAUUUGCUGAAGAGAACGGUUUGCUGUUUCUAGAGGCCAGCGCUAAGACAGGGGAGAACGUGGAGGAGGCGUUCCUGGAGGCGGCCAAGCGCAUCUACCAGAACAUCCAGGAUGGCAGUCUGGACCUGAACGCCGCCGAGUCGGGCGUCCAGCACAAACCGUCGGCGCCGCAGGGAGGACGCCUCAACGCCGACAGCCAGCCGGCCAAGGAGGGCUGCAGCUGCUAACUACAGACGGAAACUACAGAGCGACAGACAGACCGACAGACAGACAGAUACAGACACACAGACCCCCUUUCCACCAGGCACUAACAUGCGUCUCGUAUCUGGAGUGUGGAUGACUUAGAGAUCAUUUAGCUGGAUUACAUUUAACGUAACAGUGGCCCAAUCCAGCCACCCUGAGCCAAAUCCUGACCGCCCUCCGAUCACUAGAGUCCACUUUCGGAUCAAUCCGGAUCAUCCGUCCUCUACUCAAUUUGGAUCUCCCUCGGAUCAGUCCGGAUCACUCUCGGCCUCCCAUCAGCCCGAUCCCAAACACCUGUGUCCAAAUCCAGCCACCACCGACGGCCAAAUCUGAACCUUUCCUGCUCUUUCAGGACUCCCUCCGCCAAAUCUAAACACCCGCGACCCGAUCCCGACGCCGGCCCAAAUCUGGACUAAACUUCGCCCCCAAAUCUGGAUCACUCUUGGACCGCUCUUGGCAAAAUGGAUCAGUGAUGGCUCAUAUCUGGACCACUGUCGGCCUAAAUCGGAUCAACCUCAGCCCAAACUGGAUCCCUCAGAACUCCAAAUCACCCUGAGCCCAGAUCGGAGCCACUUUAGACCAAAAUCAACAUCACCCUCGGCUCAAAUCCAGACCUUCCAAAUUUGAACCUUUCUCGGCGUAAAACUGGACUACCCUUGACUCAAAUCCAGACCAUCCGAAUUUCAACCUUUCUCGGCGUAAAACUGGACUACCCUUGACUCAUAUCUAGAUUGCCCAAGGCUCGAAUCGAGACUAUCCUGAACCUGAGAAUAGAUUACCUUCAGAACAAAACUGGACAAGUCUUGGCUUUAAUCAUCUAUGUCCAAAUCUGGAUCACGCUCUACAUAAAUCGGGAUCCCCUGAAGCCUCAAACUGGACCACGCCCGACCAAAUCUGGAAAACCCUUGGCCCAAAUUCAGACACACACACACACACACACACACACGAUCUGGAAUGAAUGUCAUAUUUAGGUUCGGCUUGUCGUCACGAACCUUUUCCAGCGGGGAACUUUUUGCGAAAACUUAAACACACGAGCAGGAUUUGCUUCAACGAGUGUGUGCCUGGAUUUGGCCGCUGUUACGUCACACCGAGUAUUAAAAUGUCUCUUCAAUAUGUUUCCAAAUCGUAAGCUCUUUCCCUCCACUAAUACUAACGCCCAUAAAGUCCUCGUCUUGCGUGUUUGUCCUCCACGAGCGUCCCGACGUCCCGAUCCGGUGAAGGUGUCGCCGCCUGCUGGACUCGGUGUGUUCCUGCCUCCGUGUUGUUGUUUGUGGAUUGCUUCCUGUUGGGAUCCGUUUCAGUCUCUGCAUGUGGAUUGGAGACUCAUAACACGUAACACUUUGCUGUCAACGCGGCCGGAAGCCCCUCCGAGCGGCGACGAGGCCUUCAGGGUCAUCGGGUCAUCGGCGUCUCGGCUGCAUUUCGAUGUGUUUUUUAUUGUAUUUUAGUCCAGUCCAAACACCCAGAGAGCAGGUUAAUCCCCGUUGGAAAGUGGGUCAGAUAGACAGGAAAAUGGCAACACACACACACACACACACAGACGCAUGCAGGUACUCAGAUUGAUAGAUGCACACACCAACAUACACACACUGAAAAACAAAAGAACAGACAGACACACAACUACUCGUACAGCCUUACCUGAACACACACAUUGAGAUGCACACACACACACACACACAUACACAUUCAUAAGAUGCAUUAAUACACACACAUUCAUUCAAAUGUACACAUACACACAGCCCCCCCCCCCCCCCCCCCCCCCCCCCCCACCAUCACUGUAACUCAACACUGGCCUGCUAGCCUUUUUUAAUCUUUUAAUUGAAUUAAGUUAUUCAUUGAUGGAGUCGACAUUGGUUAUUGACCAAUCAGAGACACACGACAAGCCAGGCUGUAAACUGAUGAUGAUGAUGAUGAUGAUGAAGGAAAAACAAUAACUUACCUGAACCAGAAUGUUGUUACUGGUCCCUCUGCUGACCGUGAGUUCAGGCUGCAUGUCUUUUAUUUUUAAAAUUUUAUUUUAUUUUUGUAAUCUGUCGCCCAGUGUCCUUCGCUGUCACAAGGUGUCAUGUGAUGUGACGCCAUUUUGCAUCCCUCCUGUUUAAGUGCUUGACAUGGGAUGGGCAUAAGGCGCAAGUGGAAGUAGCCCAGUUUUAUUUCAUCGAUUAGCACCCGUUGUUUUGAUUUUUCCUGUCUUUUUUUCUUUUUUUGGGGCCGGGAUCACACUUAGUGCAACAAGGAGAAUCCAUCACCGCGGCGUCGAAUUCAUGUCUGUUUUCAUAUCAGUGAACUAAACUGAAGGUGGUUCUGCUUCUUGCUAGCGCUGCACCAGUUUUUCAGUAAACAAGUGAAUCAGAGUUGCGACGAAAACGCAGGUUCGCCUUAAACCGCCGCCAGAGAGGUGAGGCUGAGCGACUCUGGGAUCAGGACUGAGUGUGAUCCUCGCGCUGCACCACCCGUUUGCUCAGGCUAACUGGGUCGGUCACUAGUUUUAUUUGUUUGUUUGUCUGUUUGUUUUGUUGUUGAUGCAUUCCAAUGCUGGCUAGCUAGCAAAUUUCAAAUUUUCAGUUUUUAAAAUGAAAUGACUUUAAAUUGCUCUUGUUCCUCUGUGUUAGGGGUGAAAAAUCAGAUUUACACUUAGUUUGGCUGUCAGACCUCCAGUUUGUUUCCAGUGAGGGAGGAAGAGGAGGAGGAGGGGGAGGAGGAGGAGGAGAAGGAGGCCGGGGAAUACGAUGAAACAGGAAAUACAGAAACGUCGGGGGUGAGGGCUCUCAGAUCCAAAAACAAACAAAAAAACCUGAAAAAAACCCUGAUAAAUCUCCUGCCCUGCCGGUGUGGCCUGAUAGAAAUAAUGUUAUUUCUAACCAAAGGUCUGUUCACGCCAAGUCUUUUUGGCAAGAAAAAACAUGAACAACGACAUUUAAAAUUUUUGAAAAAGUUUAAAAAAAAAAAAAAAAAAAAGAUUUAUCUCUAUAAACUUUUUUUUUUUUUUUUUUGUUUUUUUUUUUGGAGUCGUGUCCAUGGAGCUGUCGAUCUCCUUCGUCUGUAACUUAAUGAGCCACAGGAUAGAAACCAAAACUGUGUUCAGACCAAGUUUUUGUGUCUCACUUUUUUGCAUUGCCUUUUUUUUUUUUUUUUUUUUUUUUUUUUUUUUUGCCAGAGUUGAAAAAUUUCAACUCUGGCAAAUACAUGAAUAAUACGAAUUUUGCAUUUUCUCAUCAGUCCUGACGUGGGAAUUUGCACCAUUUACAUCGGCCAGCAUGAACUUGCGUCUUUGCAUUGAUUUUGUUUUUAACAGCGGCGCGUGAAAAACCAGCUCGGCGUUUGGUCUGAACACGGUAACGGCGGCUGACGGCCAGAAGCAGAACACCUGAGGCUGCGACCGACCGCUGGCAAAAUGUGAAUCCAUCCACGGCGCCGAGGCGCUCAGACAAACCUGAGAUUCCACUUUUCAUUCAGUAGCAUAGCUUUCCCUGAGAACGAGGCCCCCUGGUGGCUCACCUGGUGGAAGUCCUUACCUCAGCGGGUCUUGAUUCUGAACUUGACCCUUUGCUGCUUUAAAUAAAUCAAUAAAUAAAUACAUGGACACUUCCUGAGAAUGAGUUGGAACUCCGUGGCGGCUUCUCUGUGAAUAUUAGCCAUGCACGACAUCCGCGUUUUAGGAAUCGACUCCGACUCCAGUUUCAAAUCUGGGAAUUGAUGGAUCCAGCUCAUGUAAAUGAUGUCAUGUUGGUGAUGUCAUGUCAAGUCGCCGUUUUCCCGCCUCUUAGCGACAUUUAGCCGAGACGGGGGAAACGCUAGACGUACUUUUGUCUGUCGGCUCCUCCUCCUGAUGUCGUCUGGACUCUGCAGCUCCGAGUCGAGGAGCCGACUCCAUCACCACUGAAUCGCUUUGGUGCAGAAAAACCUUGUGAAUAUUUUAUUCUUUGGUGUUUAUUUGCUUCGGACUCGGUGUGAAUAGGCCUUUAAAAGAAUCCUUCACGCUUUGGGCAAAAUCCCCUUUUCCCGACUUCCUCAGACUGACCAGAUGUUGGACAUCAUUUCCACCUCUGGACGUUUGAGGAAGUCUGAAAAACGGGAUUUUGCCCAAAACAUUGGAAAAUCUCUUUAAUCAGUGUCACCACGUUUUGCUAAUGAAGGGGAACACAGGCCAUUUUAAAGCAUUUUUAAUAAUCAGAAAAUAAUGAAUGAGAUUUUGCUGCAUGCCUAGUUACAGCAGAGCCGCCGCAUAAAAUUUUAGUGGAAGUUUUAAUCUAAAUCAAUGUAAAAACAAACAUUAAAAAAAAAAAAAGAUUUGUAUGAAAAAUAAACCUUUUUAACAGGACAAAAUGAAGCCUUACCUUCCUGAGCUGCUGGGUUUGCCAGUGUUCAGUUUGUUUGUGUUUACAACAAAAAACACAGCAUUUAUGGUGUUUCACUGAUCGGCCUGAUGGGGGCGCUGUAAACAUGUAAAAUUUAAAAUUCUAAUUUCAAGCUUUGAAAUGCUGCAGCUCUGAAACCAGAAGUGGAGCAGAAUCAGCUCCUCAGAUCGACGGAUGGAUCCCGGCAGGUGAUCCCGACAGGUGAUCCCGGCAGGUGAUCCUGACAGGUGAUCCCGGCGGCCCCGCGACGUGUCGGAAAUUUCUGGAAGUGUUUCUCAGUUUUGUGUCGGAGGCGCCGGACAGACGCGGCCCGCCUCCGCCCGCCGGCGGUAACGUGCUCUGUACAUUCGACUCUUUUCUGCGACGUCUGUUGAUUUUAUGUUGAAAGGCUUAACAAACAUGCUUCUUAUGAUUCUUUGAUAUUUAUAUUCUAUAUCUGUAAUGAUUUUCUUCAGCUGUACCUUUCAUUGUACAACCAUGAGGAUUCAGUUGAUAUUUGUAAAUAAAGUACAUAUACUGUA